AUGUAUCAGAAAGUAGAGUCUAACCGAAGUAAUCGUGACUAUAAAAAAGACCAAGACUUUCAAACGAGUUGGAUGGAGUCUACAAUCUCUGUAACGGAAAAGGAUGAACAGGCUAAUACACGGAGAAAGUGGACUAGAAAAGCAGACGUUCAACGGAUGCGGCAGGAAUCAACAACAGGUCGUGCUGAAGCAGCUAGAGGCUUAGGCCAGUUACAUUGGAUGCGAUCCCAGCUUCUGAAUGUCAAUAUCCUGAGCAACCCUUGGGUGUAG